AUGGCGCCGCGAGCCCCCCCAGCGAUCUCUCCCGACGUGAGGCCGCAGUCCGUGAACCAAGCAGUCGACAAGGAAAGGACAGAGACAGCACAGGCAUUUUUCCAGAAUCCGUCUUCCGCUCCCGCUCCGCCGUCAACUGUCCCGAUGAUUCGCGCGAGAGAAGAGGCAUCGCUGGCGGGUGCCCGCCCGCCGUGUGCAGACGCUGGACUCGCGCACGCCUUGUCCGCGUGGAACGACGCGAGUCAAGCUAGGAGAUCCUCGCUUUGUUCGAACAGUCGGCAUUUGAAUUCUGCGGCGGCGUCUCUCCUCUCGAAGCCCAGCGACGUCGCCUCGGAGAACUCAGGAGGCCUCGCGACAGGCCCCUUUUGGCGGGUCGGAGCAGAGCGGGGCUGCGUAUGCCAGGAGUGGCACAGGGAGAGGGAGUACGCGAGGCAACCGGAAGGAAUCAGCCCUCAGCCGUUUCCCGCCUCAGUGCAGCGCGCGCAGCCGCUUCCCGUGGCCUGUCCCCCCGUCGAGAUGGGGCGGAGGGCGGACGGCGCGUGUCGGGCGGCUCACGCCCGCUCGCCUGCGUGCUUUGAGGAGGAGCCGUGCGGGCGCGGAGAGACAGGGGCGGGGCGGGUCCACGCGGAGUUCGUGUGUCAGCUGCAUGGCUCCACGCGCCCUUCGCUCCCCUUUACAGACGACCGCGCAGUGAGCGCAAUCGGCGUGGUUUUGAACCGGCUGGCGAAGAAGGGGACUGAGGAUCUGCGUCUGUCUGGGGCGGAGGGCGUGAUUACGGUCUUCCACUCUUCGGCGGAGCCGUCGAUUGGCAUUGGAGACUACAUCGAGCGCCUCGCGCGCUUUUUUCGGUGCUCCAACGAGUGUUUUGUGCUCGCGCUCAUUUACAUCGAUCGCCUGGUGCGGCGGCGCGCGGGAUUCACUCUGAACAAGCUGAACGUUCACAGACUUUUCAUCACCGCGCUCACAGUGGCCUCCAAGUUCUUUGACGACAUCUACUACAGCAACAGCUUCUACGCAAAGGUCGGCGGACUCUCCCUGAAGGAACUGAACAGGCUCGAAGUCACGUUCAUCAUUCUGCUGGAUUUCCGCCUGCACGUGCUUCCGCACGAGUUCUUCUCGGCGCGGACCUUUAUCCUGCCGGAUGUGCCCAGUCGUCCGCAGGCCGUGAAGCGCCCCGCCCUCGCGCACGCAGUAGCAGCCUACCAGCGAACCGCGCAAGAGGCGGCUGCCGGCGCCCCAAUCUCCUCGCGCGGAGGCUCCAAGCCGGAGGAAGUCGGCGACCCUGUGGCAGGCACCCGCCGCCAGCUCGCUCGCCUCUACCAAGCUCUCGAACAGCCCAGUCACUUCGGCGGCUGCUCCAGCAGCGCGCGGCCGGCGGAGGGAGCCGACGGUGCGGGUGCCGUGGCUCUCCUCGGCUGCGGCGAAGGGCGCGCCGCGCUGGCGCAGGCCGCGGGCGCCGUCAGAGAGUUGUGCGGGCUUGCAGCUUCUGCGUGUGGCGUCAAAUUCGCGGAAAGAGAAGAGCGGCAGUCGCUGUGUCUGGCGACGGGAGAGCGCGAGCAGCACGAGGUGAAGCACGACUGCGCGCGCGGCAGACUCGGUGAAGAUUCGGCUGUGAGUCGGUCUCUCGCGCCUGCCGUGGACGGGCUGGCGUGCGCGGGUCGGGGCUCCCCUCCCUCCGCGAGCUUCGGGCGGAUUCAAGGACACGCAGCCGCACUCGUGGCAACCGCAGCUGUCGCGGCCAAGUGCGAGCUCGCGCCGCAGGCCGCGGCGAACGCCGCCCUCGAGGCCGUUUCGGGGACCGCGGCCGCGCUGGCGCUCAACCGGUGCCGACUGGCGGCUGAGCAGGCGCGUCUGAACAGCGUGCAGCUGCGAGGGACGCUGGAGCAGUCGCCAGGGCGGGGGACGUGCGCCUCGGUGGAACCGACGGGCGCUGUGUUUCUGGCUGGCAGCGCGGCCUUCGUCCAAGUCGGCGCUGGCGGGUUCCCGCGCCUGCGGGGGGGCUCGCAGGCCGCCGCGCCUUCGCUGCACCCGGUCCAGUGUGCGGCCGGCGCUGUGCACGCGUUGGAGUGGAGGGAGGCGGACGUGGCGACUCGAGAGCGCGCCCAAAGGGAGCGCGGAGGAGGCGCCAGGGACGGCGCCGACGCGGCGCAGGCGUUCCUGACCUUCGCGUCGCAAGCCCAGCGGAGGGGGGGGGCGGUCGAGGGAGAGCGAGUCGCCAUGGAGGGCGGCGGCCUCGCAGCCGUUUGCGACGACGACGACGGCACCACGCGGAGCUCGACUGCCCUGUACGAUUGCCCAGCUGCCUUGCGGCAGGCGGAGGCGCAAGGCUUCGAGGCAGAGAUGACUGCCCAACCCGUGUUGUACGUCGAGGCGCCGCCGAGUGCGCGCCCUCUUCUCUGUGAACGAGGGGGGGAGGGGGGCCUGCUGCUGGCGAGUACCCGAGCGAGGCAGACAGCAUGCAUGGAGCUGGAAGGUGCUGCGGACGCGCGACAGGAGACGUUCUCGGCUGCGCUCUCCGCUGUCUUCGCGCGACGCACGCCCCAGGGAAGGGGGUGCCCGCUCGCGGGGGUCGGAGAGGCAGAGGAGGAGGCGCCGCGCGCAUUCUUUCGGGGGCGGGUCGAGAGCGGCCUCUCCCGGUUGCAGGUCUCCCUGGGGCUUGCGAUGGGCGUGCCCGUUGCCUCGCAGUGUGCGGAGCGAGGCACAGUGGCGGACGCGAAUCCGACUCACGGCGGAGGACAAGGCGCUGUGGAGGCGGACGUGGUGGGCUCGCUGGGAAUGAACAAGCUUCUUCCGUCGUUUCUGGCGAAAGACGCCGCGGGGUAUGCAGACGGGGAAGACGUCCUGAGGCAGCUGUUGUGGCCGCCGCCCGCGGCGAGACACGACAGCGGAGCCCGCGGGGGCGCGGCGUUGCCGGCAGGUCACGGGGAGGCAGGAGGAGGCGGAGACUACGGGAGCGACUCGAGUGGCGAGGCUGCAAGUGAAGCGAAGCGCCGCCUGUUUGCGGUGUCUUACGCUGGCUCGCUCUCCUUUUCUUCCUUCUUUUCAGGGCGAGGCAUCCCGCGACCGCGAGAUCCGUCCCCGCGCGAGUCCUCCAGGGGCGGGCACGUUGACAGGAAACAGGGACGCCGCGAAGUCCGCAGAGACUUGCCUGAGAUGCAUAAGUCAAAGGCGACCUGCUCCGAGUCGAGGGAGCGCGGCCCGUAUGACAGCCGCGCGGAGAGUCGCGAGGAGGAGAGGGAGUCAGGCGCGCAAGCAGCGCGGCUGUCUUUCUUCGCCUCACACGCCGCCAGACGUCCCUGCGUGGCGCUCGCGGGUGCGCUGCAGGACUCCCGCCCCCUGAAGGCCCUCUCGUCCUCAGCAGUGGCUGGCGACAACCGAGACGGCGCAGUCGCCUCGGUAGCAGGCCGUGCGGCCUUUUUUGCCUCAACGGGCGGCGAACCGCUGGUUUGGGAAGGAGGCCUCGAAAGCGAAGACUCUGCGAGAGGACGUGCCAGGACUCCGUCGGGCGCGUUCGCGGCCUCGGGUUUCUUCUUCGUCUCCGCGUCCCAGCCGCCGGCUGCGGCGCCUGCGUCGGUCAGCGAGGGCGAGAGACGGCCGCUGCGAGGAGAAGACGCAGCUGCGCCCUGCUCGCCUCCUGCGUGCGCGGCCCCCGACAGCGGCGACGCGGGUGGACCUUCGUGCGCGGCGGGCGUCCGUGCGAGUCGAGCUACCGCGGCGGCAAGUCCCUGCGGGGAGCCGGGGGGACGCGGCGGCGACCGCGUGCGUUGCGUGCUGAGCCCGUCCUGCGUCGCGACUUCGCUGUCACGCCUGGGAUUCUUUCCUCCCGCGCUGGCGUCUCCAGAUGCGUGCAGCGGCUCAGGCGUCGCGGCGGGGGGUCUGUCGGAUCAGCUGCGCCCAGCCACGCCGACGGAGAAGAAUCCCGUGGCGCACGAAGACGCGGACGAGAGCCCGGUGUUCGAGUCGCCCCCGCAGCGUCUGGGCUCGGGGCGGUCGGUGAACUCGACAGCGAGCACCGUGGCACCGCCCGAUGCGCAGGUGGCUUUCGGCAGUGCGGCGACAGACGGCCUCGGAUGCUUUUUGGCGCUCUCCUCGCGGUCGCCCGAGUCGCCCCUGAACGCGCUGCCUGGCAAGGCUGCCGGCGACGAAGGGCGGGGCGAGGGGGGCAGUCCUUCUCGCGGCGCUCACUCGUCUUCUCCGUCCUCGCUGAGGAAGAAGAGGAGCCUCUGCCGCGCGCUCCCCCCCCUCCCCCCAAGGCCGAAGGGCGAGCCAGGAUGGAGCGGCGGGACGGCGUGGAGCUCGGACACCCCCACGCGGCCUGCGAGGCUGCCUGCGCGGGUGCCUGCGGCGCAAGCGGGCGCAUGGCAGCUCUCAGCGACGACUUGCGGCAAGCGACUGCCUCUCUCACGCAGCAUCACGUCUUCGUUUUCUCGCAGGACGGCGGCUCCGGCGCCGUGGAGCAUCGUGCAGGAGGCGAGCGGCCGGGGCGCGACUCCGAAGCGCGGAGGCCAGGGGGAGGGAGCUGUUAGCCUGUUGUUUUUCACCGUCCUGCGGGGGAGAGUGUGA